UUCCCCGUAUUUAGGUUAAAAAAUGGAGGAAGAUAAUGUUGUUUAUUUGGCAAUUUGCAAAUAUUAAAUUUAAACCCAUGGUUGGAUGAGGAUAUGGUCCCUCUCCUUCAGUUUAUUCUUCUUUCAUCCUUUCGCUCUGUCUCUGUUGCUAUAUAUACGCACGCAUCGAUGCUUGAAUACUUCUUUGUUUUCAUCUUCCUGCGUCUGUGUUGACGGUUUUGAUGCAGCAUGUCCAUCGCUCUCGAAAGCAGUACCGGUGAUCGGAUCCAGCCGCCGGCGUUGCGCCGCGGAAUGUUGUGUGGAUCUGCAUAUGACUCGCCGGAGGUGGCCGCAGAUCGGAGGUUAAAGGCCGAGGAAGAUGCGGAUUCCAGUAGCUCCUCAACGAUUGGACAGGAUAGUGACUCGCUGGAAGGCGAGGCAGGUGGCGAUUCUGGUGAAGGAGAUGCUCAGAGUUCGUAUAAAGGACCGUUGGAGGCCUUGGACGCUUUGGAGGGAGUUUUGCCUAUCAAGAGAAGUUUAUCUAAAUUUUACUGUGGCAAAUCAAAGUCUUUUACAAGUCUGGGAGAUGCUGCCUCUUGUUCCUCCACUAAAGAAAUUGUGAAGCCGGAAAAUGCUUACACUAGGAAACGCAAGAAUUUACUUGCUCAUAAUAUUUUAUGCAACAAGGAUCACAAUUAUACACCAAGAAGUUGUAGCAGUGGUAUGUCAAAGAGACUUGCCAACUCCAGCAGAAGUAUUCUGGCAAUGACAAUGAGCAUCCAUGAAAACAGUAAUAAUUGUGAAAGCUCCAACUCAAAUUCAUCAUCCAUUCAAUGUCGCCCUCCUCUGUACCCACACGGAAGAAGGUCAUCCAAGGAUGAAUCAUCAUUGUCCCCUCAACUUAAUUUAUCUCCAUGGCGGUCCUUUUCUCUGUCUGAUCUGCAGUCUGCUGCUGCUGCAACUCCCAGUAUUCCUGGCAUAGUGAUUAGUAACGGGGAGAAGGACAAACUGCAGUGAGACUGAGACCUUACUUCAGUUGCCACGUCGAACUAUGAAGCUUAACUUGGGAAGAUGUCUUGCUGUUAGGGUGCUUUGAAUGCAUUCUCCUAGUUUAAUCUUGUAGUUCUUCCAGUUGUACUAUUAGGGUAAGGAUACAACUUCAGGACAUUUUCGUAAUAUAAUGGAAGCAAUUCAGUUUUAACCCAUUCUCCACUCUUGCUUUAUGCUCUCUCUCUCUCUUCUGGUUAUCAUUGUUAUAUUCCCUCAUUUCACCUAGCCUACUUCUUCGUAUUGCUGCAACCAAAUGUAGAAAGGACAGGCUUAAAAAUAUGGCCUAAGUAUCUGGCAAGGAGGAAGAGGGGGCGGGGUGGGAGGAGCGAAGAAAGCCAGCAGAUUGGGGUAGUUAUAUUCUGGUACUUUGCUUGCAUCAAUUUAUAGAUUUCUAUUGGUUUUGAUAUUGUAACUAAUAACUGACGGCCUGAUACCUCCUUCCAACUAGAAAGCAGUCCAUUAUCCCAGUCAUUACUUGGAUGAUUGUGGUAUUGUUAUUAGUGCCUGAGGAUAUAAAUGGACUUCCCUGGGGUUGUUUUUCCGUACUGAUGACAACUGGUUGUGCUAAUGAGCAGAGAGAUGGGGGUAUCUGGUACACAGAUUCCAUAUAAAUGUGUUGGGGUAAGGGUCUAUUACCUUCUUGGAGUUAGAGGGAUUUUGUAGAUGGCAUACUAUCUGGUGGGAAAAUUCAAUGGAAUUUAUGUUGGCUGUCAAUGAAAUAGAAUUCAGUGAAAUUUAUGUUGGUGGUCAAUGUAAUAGACUUGUUUUCCCAAGCCAUUUGACAUUCUUGAACAGAAGUCGAAAUUGGAGAGGUUAUGUUCUGAUAUCUUGUAGGCAGGCCUCCAAAAAGUAUUGUUGGGUGGUAUUUGGCCGUGCACCCUUUUUCCAGGGCUACUUUUCAUCCUCCUUUGGUAUGAUUGGCUGCUGCUUGCUUUCUUGAAUUCAUGGAGUUCUGAGAGAUGUGAUCUGGUGUAAUAUCUGGUCGUCAUUGUACAGAAAACAUGCUGCGUGUUAAUUUUAAGAAUAACAUUUUCCAGGGCUUUUUAUUCAAUGUUGACAUGAGAUCAUUUCUUGCAUAGAUUGCAGGCACAGGGUUGGUCACCACCUGUUAAUUGGGUUCCAGGGAAAUCAUGUUAGUGUUGAUGCAAGUUCAGAUGCCUUUUUAGAAAUAUAUGUCUUGCAUCCUUCAAGGCAUUUUGGAUGAUUAUGCAUUUAUUAGACCUUCAAAGCCAUCCAGAGGUGAAACAGGACCAGGCAUAUGAGUAAAACUCAUUGAAGACCAUGGACUGUUGUUGGAUCUGAUAAUUGCAGGCGUUCCUCCAUGGUGAUCAUGAUGCAGAGGCAAAUAGUUUCUUGCUCAGGUUUAUGACUUAUCCUCUUGACCACGCAUAAUGCAUUACACUUUUUAGUUUCUGUUGUCACAUACAUUUAGCUGAAAAGUUUGAUGUGCAAGUAAUUGCAUGCUGAAACGCCUUGACUUAGAUCAUUCUGGUGCUGUAAGUGCACCUGCACACGUGCAAUGUACUUGUUUAGUUUGCAUGAUAGAUUUGGACUCCCGUAUUCUGUAAAGGCGGCAUAUAGUCAAUGAUCUGAUGAUGCAGGGGAAUGUGCAGGGAAAUCGGAAAAGAACUUAUAAACAUUUAGUUAGUGUUAUUUUUGUUAUAUGAUAACGACAACCACUGAAUACCAACAGCAACUUCUUUUUGUUUUUUGAUAGCCAAAUGACGACAAUGAUUAUUUAUCAAUUUUUUUUUCUUAACUAAAUGGCAAAAAUGAUUGUUGUUUUUAUGAUAACAAACUUUUGCAACAUGGUUUGGUACAGAAGCUUGUUUAGUUCUGUUACUAGGAUUCCAAAACAUAGGCACUCAGAUCAUACCUACAUUGAAAAUAGAUUUAGCUGAUAGAAUCCCGACAAAAGUGUAUAUCAACAAAAAACAUUUAGAUAGAGCAUUUGUAUGGAUGAGCAUGGAUGGAGAUUGAUAUUUAGCAUUCGAGGUGAUGAUUGAUGAAAUAGAUUCCAAAAGGGUGUCAGCCAGUGCAAUGAAAAUAGAAAUAACAUAGUAGUUAUAUCAACACCAAAUAGAAAAUGUUUGGAAUCAUGCCACUUCUGGUUACAAAACUCUCUCAUAUGUGGCUUAUAUAGUAUUGCAAUGAUUCUUAUUAUAUGGCUGUUAACUGAUAUUGAAUGGAUGAUGAAAGUAAAAGCAGCUAAUAAAUUUGAGGCACUUUUCAAUCUGUGCACUGAAUAUAGAAGACCUGGUGAGCUGCUCCGAAAUGGGAAACAUAAAACUUGUAGCAUAUUUACAACAUUGCAAAGUCUAUUCCUAUACUUGAAAUCUUGAAUAUUGCUUUAACUGUGGAUUUCAUUUUCUUGAUUUAAAACCCAAACGAGCCAUCCCGCUUGAUUUCAGAUUUUGGCGGAAAAGAAAGUUUGAACUCAUUGAGCAUGAGCGUUACAAAAAGAUAGGGAUAGGGCUGACCCAGCAGAUAAGCAUUGAGCUUCAUGCUAGACAAGCGUGUAAUUUUCCUUGUGGUACAUGCUUGGUUAUCAGAAUUGGAAAGGUCAUGAAUGAGUCCAAUUUGAAUUACCAUAAUCACUCAACAUUAAUUACCACCUUAACUAAAAUAUUUUUUUCCCUAAAAAAGCUUGUAAAAGGGAAUUUUUACAUUUAGCAAAAAAAAAGAGAGGAUAUUUUUACUGCUCUGCCAACCACGUUGAGAACUCCGCUCGGCUCAAGUAAAUUGAGAUGCUGGGCUAUAAAUAGGCGUGGUGGUGUCGAGUUAUACUCAUAUAGGGGCUGUAGUGUUCAGUUAUAUUCAUGUUUUUGUAGGUGCCUCCUGGUUCUUAGCUCUGCAGGUUUUGGCGGAGAGGGUUCAGAAGAACAGAAAGAGUCGCCUUCAAGUCCCAACUUGCUGGUAUGUUGAUUUUCUCAUUUCAUUUUUGUGGUUUAUCUAUUAUUUUUUCAAUCCAAAAACAUUUCUGCACAAAUUGAUUGAUCAGGAUGAGGCAUCUUGUUAUUCUUGGUGCUCUUGACUAAUUUUCUGCAGUCUACUCACCAUAUCUGUGUGAUGGCUUCUCUUGCAUAGGCAGGAUGGCCAUUUGGAGGUUGCAUUUUUGUUCCCUUGUUUUGUGCCUAAAUGAUGCAUAAAUCUUGUGGGAACUUGCACCCUGCAGUCAAAAAUGUUGCAACAAAAAAAAAAAUUCCUUUGUUUCUGUCUCUUCUUUUCUCUUUACCUCUGGAUCUUAUGGCUUUCAGUACUAGCCUGAUGCUAAUUGGCUAUGGAGGGAGUUGCCCUUCUGGUUUCCUGAUCAUCACUUUUCUGCUUGUUCGUAGCCCUGUAAUUUUUAAAUCUAUUGGAGAUUUUCUUGAUCUGAUUGUUAGUUUGUGAUGGCAGGUUUCCUGAUGAUUACUGGGUUUCCUCUUUAUCCCUCUUGGGACACAUCUCUUCAAGAGGAUACAUCCUUUUCUGUUACCAAAAACCAAAUCAAACUUUUUCAUGAGUUUGACCGGGAUCUGUACACCAUCCUUGUGAUGGAACUCUGGCGUGACCCUACUGAGUCGAUGAAGGUCUUGGCCUUCUGGCUCUGGUUGGAGAGAACUGGCUCCAGGCGCGCCAUCAAGAGGAUUUUGUCCUUGCCCACUUUUCUAGUAAAUGAACUUGCAGAUGAGGCGGUGACUUGCAUCAACCGCCUUCUGGCCAACACUCCAUUGUUGUCCUUUACUGAAUCGUGUGACAUGCCACUGACUCAAAGCCUAAUGGGCUCUGGUCACUCACUUCAUUUUUUCAGUACAAAUGAAAAUCGCUUGAAAGCGAUCAGUGGUGUUAACAAAAUUCUAGAGGAUGUUUGUCUGAGAGCACUAGAUGAUAUUGUGCUGCGGGCCAUGGAGAGAAAUUCUUCUCAUUUCUUAGGUGCUGAAAGACAGACAAUCCCGCCCUUUGUUGCUGAUCCCAUGGAGAGAAAUUCUGCUCGUUUCUUCGGUGCUGAAAGCCAGAUAGUCCUGCCCUCUUUUGCUGAUCCCGGUCUUGCUGAGCUUGGCUUCGUUGAGCCUGACUUGCCUGAUCGUGGCCUUGCUUCCUUGAGGGUUGGUGGAGUUGACAUACUCAGUCCACGGGUUCCCCUUUGUCCUGCAUCACCGGAAGUCCAUCCGGAUGAGCGGACAAUGUUCGCCACGUUCUCUAAGGGUUAUCCUGUGUGUGAAGCUGAGAUCCGGGAGUUGUUCUCUCUGAUUUUUGGAGACUGCAUAGAGUCCCUCUACAUGCAAGAAGCGCCGCCGGACGAGCAGGCCCUGUUUGCUCGCAUUGUGUUCACCUCUCCGGCCUUUGUUAUGCUGACCCUCAAUGGAAUGGAGAAAGCUAAGUUCAAUAUCAAUGGGAAGCAUAUCUGGCUGCGCAAGUAUGUGCCAAGGCGCCAGAGGUACACUGCCCCACCCCGCCACAGCCAGGCCAGUAUGCGAGGCAACCCUGGCUCAUCUUCUCAAUUCGCAGGCUGAUUUUGCUAGACUUAUGCUUUUGAAGUCUUGCGUUGGCAGCAGUUGUACCUCUAGUAUCCGUAGUCAUGCUUUUCAAGUCUUGUAAUGAUAGCAGUAGUAGUACUACUACUACUAGUUUCCAGUUUGCAACCAAAGUACGUAAGAAGAUGAGCCAGGAUGUAACUAUCUAUGUCUAUAAAUUAAGUGUGGUUUUAAUAACUUCGUCUCCUUUAAUCUGCAUUG